AUGCUUUCUUCAUUGGUUGGCUGGAUUAUACCCUCUUCCUCUUCCUCUUCCUCUUCCUCUUCCUCUUCUUCCUCCCAAUACGACGAAAAAGAAGAUGAUGACACAAAAAACGACAGCAUUUCAGCUAAACCUAUCGAUAACAUUGAUGAAUCCAUUGAUGAUCCCAAAAUUCCAGUUGGAAUCGCCGUCCGCUCCACCCCUAUAGUCACAAUUGCACUUCCUGCCACUGCGGCCACCCCUAUAGGCAACCCUCCAAUCACAGCCACCACCACAACCACUACUAUAAUUGUGAAUUCAAAACGACAGCGUGUUGAGAAUGAGAACAAGAACGAUGCAUGGGCCAUGCAGGAAGAGAAAAGGCAUGUGGACUAUUCUCGGAGACUGAUUCAACGGAUUUGGACUAACGAGGAUGAGAUUGAGCUCCUACGAGGCUUCCUUGAGUUCACAACACAGCGUGGCUCCACAAAUUACAAUGUCACCAAAGAAUUCUACGAUCAAAUCAGGUCCAAACUUCAGGUUGAGUUCAACAAGAACCAGCUCUCUGAUAAGCUCAGCAAGUUAAAGAGAAAGUACAAAAGAAUUCUUGAAAAAAUCAACCCAGACAAAGAGUUUUCUUUCAAGACCGCACAUGAACAAGCCAGGUUUGAAAUUUCUCGUAAGAUCUGGGGUGAUAUUGUUGGCCGAAUUGGCGUUGAAGAUAGCAUGUUGGAUGAGGAUGAACCGAGUUCUAGCCUUAAUGACAUUAAUCUUGUCAAUGUUAAGGUGGAGGAUGAGGAAGUUAUGGGUGAUUUUAGGCCAUGGAAGCGACCAAAGUCUCUGUCUGGUUUGAAAAUCAAUGAGAAGCACGUUUCGAACAAUGGUACUUUGCCAAAUGACAUUGAAAAUGGGAAUAAUGACGUAGCGAGCUUGAUUGAGGAUACGGUGAAGAGUUUAUCACCAUUGUUUCAAGAGCUGUUGAGCAAUGCAUUGAGUCCAACGCAAUGGAGUCCUGAUGGGGUGGAUGAGAAGUGGAAGGAGCAAAAGAUUAAGGAGUUGGAGGUGUAUUCAAAGCGUUUGGAGUUGGUGCAGGAUCAGAUUAAAACAACAUUGGAGGAAUUGAAGUCUAUGGGAGGUUGAUGGAGGAUAUAUUUGGGUUUGAAUUCGAACAUAUGCAGAC